AUGACGUCUAAGGCCCCUGAAUGGUGGACAGAUAUCGAGAGGGUAUCGCAGGAGGUUGCUGAACGGGUGGAGAUGAGCAAUCUUCGCACUAUGAAGUGCGCGCUUUAUGCUACGGGAGACCACGAAGCGCGGUUCGUGGACGUGGAAAUCGAUAGGGGUUACGAGGAGAAGCCUCGACCGGUGGAUUUGGACAUCAAUCCUUGGUUGCACAAAUCCGGAAUUGACGACAAUCAGGUCAUUCCGAUUGACCGAUCGACAGUCACGGUAACCCGAUUCCCGAAAGAUUCGGGGACCGCAAUCAUGCCAGAAAGUUAUGUGAUAUUCUAUAGUCGAGAGGACGAGGAUUACGGCAGCAGGAAUAAAAUAAACCGUGCCAUCGAGGCGAUCGCGGGAGUGAAGACAAGAGUAUGGGGAAACGUCUUGGUUUGCAAAUUCAUGCCGCACGAGGGUAGUCGUUUGUUGCCGGUGGAGUACGCCGAUUUAAAGCUGAUAGAUUGUAUUGUGGCCGCGUAUGCCGUGGAUUACGGGCUGGAUCAAAGGGAAUUCGAAUGA